AUGGCCACAGUUCAAGGACCAAUAGUUCUGGUUCCUGAACUAGAACCGAACUGGCUAGGUUCCAGUUUUAGGACAAUUACGGUUCUGCCGGUUCCAGCCCGAAGAAAGAGUAACUACUUAUUGGCCCACUUCAUCUCUCUUCUACUCAGCCCUAAUUCCUCUUCUUCUCUGUUUCAUCACCACGCUCCUCCACCAUCGAACCCGUUGCCGAUCACCCGCCCGUCACCACGGUCCUCAUCUUCGCACCAUCGUCGGACCCGUCGCCGGUCACCCACCCGAUCACCACGAUCCUCAUCUUCACCAUAUCAUCGAAACUCGUCACCAGUCACCUACCCGUCACCCGCUCGUCACCCACAAGCCUGCAGACCUUCUUUUUCUUCGAAGAAGGAAACGAUCUUCAUCUUCUUCUUUGAUGAUUCUAGGGUGGGUGGUGGUGAUCUUCCUGAUGACACUGUGUUGACUUGUUCUCACGGCUUAGAAAGGUGGGCUUAUUACAUUCUUUGUCUGGCUUCCUAUCCGUCAUUAGGUCCUCACAUUAUGUUUGUGAUGCAUUUGCAUCAACAUUAAAGGGCUCUCCAAACAGUGUUACAGUUGCGAGAACCCGAAUUGAAGGAGGUGCAAAGGCUGUUUGGACUAGUGGAAGCCUGGUGCUUCAAAGUAUACGAGCCAUCUAUGCUCGCUAAAGCAUCUUCUUCUGGUUCGAAGUUGGGGAAAUGAUUGUUGCCUAAUGAUAGCCCUUGUGUAUGUAAUGUUGUACUUUGAGUUCCUCAUCAUCUGAUUUGUAUGUCAUUUAAGCAUUAGUGCUUUUCCAAUUGAAUCAACUUCGACAAACGAAUAUAUUUGCUUGU